GCCUGAAGCUCAUGGGAGCCCCAGUGAAGAUGACAGUCUCUCAGGGGCAGCCAGUAAAGAUCAACUGUAGCGUGGAGGGAAUGGAGGACCCUGACAUACACUGGAUGAAGGAUGGGGCUGUGGUCCAGAAUGCAAGCCAGGUGUCCAUCUCAAUAAGCGAGCAGUACUGGAUUGGCUUGCUCAGCCUGAAGUCAGUGGAGCGGUCUGAUGCUGGCCUGUACUGGUGCCAGGUGAAGGAUGGAGCAGAAACCAAGACCUCUCAGUCAGUGUGGCUCACCGUGGAAGGUGUGCCAUUCUUCACGGUGGAACCAAAAGACGUGGCAGUGCCGCCCAAUGCCCCUUUUCAACUGUCUUGUGAGGCAGUGGGUCCUCCGGAACCUGUAACUAUUUUCUGGUGGAGGGGACCCACUAAGGUUGGAGGACCUGCCCCCUCUCCCUCUAUUUUAAACGUGACAGGUGAGCAGCCACAGGAGGGGGCUUUGAGCAUUGAGAGAGCUGGGUCACUGCCUGGAGGGAGCACUAGGAAGGCCAGCAUAAAAAUACAGGCACCUCCUGCAGCCCCCUUCAACAUUACAGUGACAACAAUCAACAGCCGCAACGCUAGCGUGGCCUGGGUGCCAGGUGCUGAUGGUUUAGCCCUGCUCCACUCCUGUACAGUGCAGGUGGCACGGGCCCCAGGAGACUGGGAGGUCCUGGCUGUUGUGGUCCCUGUGCCGCCCUUUACCUGCCUGCUUCGGGACUUGGCCCCUGCCACCAACUACAGCCUUAGGGUGCGCUGUGCCAACGCCUUGGGGCCUUCCCCCUAUGCUGACUGGGUGCCCUUUCAGACAAAGGGCCUAGCGCCAGCCAGAGCUCCCCAGAAUCUCCGUGCUCUUCGUACUGACUCAGGCCUUAUCCUGGAAUGGGAAGAAGUGAUCCCUGAGGACCCCGGGGAAGGCCCCCUGGGACCUUAUAAACUGUUCUGGGUCCAAGAAAAUGGAACCCAGGAUGAACUGAUUGUGGAAGGGACCAGGGCCAAUCUGACAGGCUGGGAUCCCCAGAAGGACCUGAUUUUGCGUGUGUGUGUCUUCAAUGCAGUUGGCUGUGGGCCCUGGAGUCAGCCACUGGUAGUGUCUUCUCAUGACCAUGCAGGAAGACAGGGCCCUCCCCACAGCCGCGCAUCCUGGGUGCCUGUGGUGCUGGGUGUGCUCACCGCCCUGAUCACUGCUGCUGCCUUGGCCCUCAUCCUGCUUCGAAAGAGACGGAAGGAGACACGGUUCGGGCAAGCCUUUGACAGUGUCAUGGCCCGGGGGGAACCAGCUGUACACUUCCGGGCAGCUCGGUCUUUCAAUCGAGAAAGGCCUGAACGCAUUGAGGCCACACUGGAUAGCCUGGGUAUCAGUGAUGAAUUAAAGGACAAGCUGGAGGAUGUCCUCAUCCCAGAACAGCAGUUCACCCUUGGCCGGAUGUUGGGCAAAGGAGAGUUUGGGUCAGUACGGGAAGCCCAGCUGAAGCAGGAAGAUGGUUCCUUUGUGAAAGUGGCUGUGAAGAUGCUGAAAGCUGACAUCAUUGCCUCAAGCGACAUAGAAGAGUUCCUCAGAGAAGCAGCUUGCAUGAAGGAGUUUGACCAUCCACACGUGGCCAAGCUUGUUGGGGUGAGCCUCCGGAGCAGGGCUAAAGGUCGCCUCCCCAUUCCCAUGGUCAUCCUGCCCUUCAUGAAGCACGGAGACUUGCAUGCCUUUCUGCUCGCCUCCCGAAUUGGGGAGAACCCUUUUAACCUGCCCCUCCAGACUCUGGUCCGGUUCAUGGUGGACAUUGCCUGUGGCAUGGAGUACCUGAGCUCCCGGAACUUCAUCCACCGAGACCUGGCAGCUCGGAAUUGCAUGCUGGCGGAGGACAUGACGGUGUGUGUGGCUGACUUUGGACUCUCCCGGAAAAUCUACAGUGGGGACUAUUAUCGUCAGGGCUGUGCCUCCAAAUUGCCUGUCAAGUGGCUGGCCCUGGAGAGCUUGGCUGACAACUUGUAUACUGUACACAGCGAUGUGUGGGCCUUCGGGGUGACCAUGUGGGAGAUCAUGACUCGUGGGCAGACGCCAUAUGCUGGCAUCGAAAAUGCUGAGAUUUACAACUACCUCAUCGGCGGGAACCGCCUGAAACAGCCUCCGGAGUGUAUGGAGGAAGUGUAUGAUCUCAUGUACCAGUGCUGGAGCGCAGACCCAAAGCAGCGCCCAAGCUUCACAUGCCUGCGAAUGGAACUGGAGAACAUUCUGGGCCACCUGUCUGUGUUGUCCACCAGCCAGGACCCCUUGUACAUUAACAUUGAGAGAGCUGAGCAGCCUACUGAGAGAGGCAGCCCUGAGCUGCCCUGUGGAGAGCAGCUUAGCAGCGAGGCAGGGGAUGGCAGUGGUGUGGGGGCAGUAGGUGGCAUCCCCAGUGACUGUCGAUACAUCUUCAGCCCUGGAGAUCUGGCUGAGUCACCUGGGCAGUCGGAGCAGCAGCCAGAAAGCCCCCUCAACGAGACCCAGAGGCUGCUGCUGCUGCAGCAAGGGCUACUGCCUCACAGCAGCUGUUAGCCCACAGGCAAAGGACAGCUGGGGCCAUCCAUCUGGCUCUGCUGGCCACUGUGCUGGCUGACUAAGCCCAGCCUGAUCACAGCCCAGGCAGCAAGGUAUGGAGGCUCCUGUGGUAGCCCUCCCAAGCUGUGCUGGCACCUGGACUGACCAAAUUGCCCAAUCCCAGUUCUUCCUGACGCCACUCUGGCCAGCCUGGCAUCAGUUCAGGCCUUGGCUUAGAGGAGGUGAGCUAGAGCUGGUUGCCUGAAUGCAGGCAGCUGGCAGGAGGAGGGGUGGCUAUGUUUCCAUGGGUACCAUGGGUGUGGAUGGCAAUAGGGGAGGGUAGCAACAGCCCUGUGGGCCCCUACUCUCCUGACUGAGCUGCUCCUACUUCCAGUGCAUGCUUGGAGCUGCCCACAGGCUGGAGGCACAUCAGUGCCCACCACACUUGGGUUUAAAUGCCAGGUUUACCCCUCCAAGUCACAAAGAGAUGUCCUUGUAUUGUUCACUUUUAGGUGACAGGAAGGGAUUGGCACACUCGGGUCCCAAAGCCCUGUGGCGGGAGAAGGUGGGAUAUUCUCAGGUCUGAAUCCUCAUCACCUUCCUGAUUCUCCACCCUGUCAAGGCCUGGAACUGGCUGGGCACCUCUGAGGCAUGCAGGAGGACAAAAGGCUACAGAGUCCUGUCUUCUAAAGGCAGGACUCUGAGUCUGGCAGAUGGAGGGAUGCUGAGGGGCUUGCCCGGAAGUGAGCGAAGCAGUUCAGGACCCCUCCAAGCUUCCCACAGUCUGUCUGAGCAUGCUACCAAGUCCCCAGAUAUCCCCCAAACUAACAGAGGCAGUUUUGUCUAAGCCCAGCCCUUCCACAUGGUGACCCUUACGUCCACCCUCCUCUCUAAAUGGACCUCCUCUUUUGUCCCAAGUCUCCAGAGAGAAAUAAGCCUGAUGGCUGAUAAAGUGGGUGAAAGAAGUGUGUCUGGAGCCACGGCCGGGGUCUAGGCUCCAGGAACCUCCUGGAAUGCAUGGGGUAGACUCUUGCUGUUAGGAACAUUUCUAAGCUAUUAAGUUGCUGUUUCAAAACAAAUAAAAAUGAAAACUAAAGAAUCAAA